CCCCCACCGCCCUGUUGACUCUCCUUCUCUCUCUCUCUCCCCGGAAACAAUGGCGUCUUAGCUCCCUCCUUCUCUCUCUACAGUCCAGCAACUCUCUCUCUCUCUCUCCUCGCGUGAGGGGCUCUCGAGUGUCGACUCCCACUUGGGUUCUUCUUGGGAACGCUUCAUCGUCCUCGCGUUCGAAGCGCUUUGGCUCCGUUGCGGCGUUUGCUGGGGGGGUGGCGGCAUCAUGAUGGUGGACUCUGGGCGGGCUACGUUCUCCGGUUCGAACGAAACCAGCUACAGCAGCGGCGUGUGCUCCGCGCCGACCGGCACGGAGACUCCCUCUUCGUACGCGACGCCGCCGGAGACGGAAGCCCUGAGGAGGCUCUCCGACAGCCUCGAGUCGAUCUUCGAGCGCCCGCGCGCCGGCGCCGGCUCGUCCUUCUCCGACGCCGCGAUCGUCGCCGGGGACGGCCGCGAGGUCCCCGUCCACCGGUGCAUCCUCACCGCGCGGAGCCCGUUCUUCGGGGCCGCGUUCGCGGGGAGCGAGAGCGGGGCGAGGCUCGAAUUGGAGGAGCUAGUCGGGGAUUUCGGGGUCGGGACCGAGGCGCUGCUGGUGGUGUUGGGGUAUUUGUACAGCGGGAAGGUGAAGGCGCUCCCGAGAGGGGUUUGCGACUGCGUGGACGACGAGUGCUCGCACGUGGCUUGUAGGCCGGCCUUGGAGUUUCUGGUGCAGGUGCUCUAUGCUUCGUUCAGGUUUCAGAUUCCUGAAUUGGUGGCUCUGUAUCAGAGGCACCUACUUGACAUUCUCGACAAGGUUGCCCCAGAUGACAUUUUGCGUGUGCUAUCGGUUGCAAAUAUAUGUGGUGAUGAAUGUCACGGAUUGCUGGCACAGUGUGUAGAAUAUGUCGUGAGAUCUGAUCUCGAUACUAUAACCCUAGAGAAAGGCUUGCCUCUCUCUAUCAUUCAACAAAUCAUCGAUUCCCGUUUGGAACUUGGCCUGAACAAUCCUGAAUGUGUAAACUUCCCUGACAAGCAUGCGAAGAGAAUUCAUCGGGCCUUGGACUCGGAUGAUGUUGACUUAGUCAGAUUGCUGCUGAAGGAGGGCCAUACCACUCUGGAUUAUGCAUAUGCACUUCACUAUGUUGUAGCAUACUGUGACGCGAAGACCACGACCGACCUUCUUGAUCUUGGAAUUGCCGAUGUGAAUCGUAGAAAUGCAAGAGGCUUCACUGUUUUGCAUGUUGCUGCGAUGAGGAAAGAGCCAAAGGUUAUAGUGUCUCUCCUAAUGAAGGGAGCACAGCCUUCUGAUCUCACUCCGGAUGGUAGAAAAGCUCUUCAACUAUGUAAGAGGCGCACAAAAGCUGCAGACUACAUGAAGUCUACCGAGGAAGGAAAGCCUUCACCAAAGGAUAAAUUAUGUGUCGAGAUAUUGGAGCAAGCCGAACAAAGAGAACCAUUAUUUGGAGAAGCAUCCUUUUCUCUUGCUAUGGCAGGUGAUGAUCUGCGAAUGAGAUUGUUGUAUCUUGAAAAUAGAGUUGCGCUAGCAAGAUUCCUGUUUCCUACGGAAGCGAAAGUUGCGAUGGCUAUUGCUCAAGUGGACGGCACUUGUGAGGUCCCAUUAGUUAGCAGGAGUUGUAAGGACUUGGCUGGUUCGCCAGGGACGCAUGUGGACUUAAAUGAGGCAUCUUUUGGUGUUCAAGAGCAGCAUCACAAAAGGAUGAGAGCCCUCACCCGAACGGUGGAACUCGGCAAACACUUUUUCCCUAGAUGCUCGAAUGUCCUUGAUAAGAUUAUGGAUGCCGACGACGAUUGUACUCGGCUAGCAUGCCUUGACAAUGGCACUCCGGAAGAACGACUUCUAAAGAGGAGAAGGUUCAAAGAACUUCAAGAAGAUUUUAGCAAGGCUUUCAGCGAGGAUAAGGAGGAGUUCGAGAAAUCGAAGGUUUCUUCCUUUUCGUCAUCUUCAUCUUUAGGAGCAACGAGGCCUAAGGGAAAGCUCCACAUCAACUACAGAUCAUUGUAAGAUUUCAGAAAUGUGCAUACUGUUGUAUCAUAACCUUCUUUGUUUCUCUUGGUUUGCAUCUACUGUUUUAUC